ACUUCAUCGUUAGUCGUACUAAAAAUUUUGUAAAAUACAGAACAAUGAUUUCUAUGCUAUUUACCAUUUUUCUUGUAACGCUUGUGUAUUAUUUACGUAGAAAAUUGACGUAUUGGAACAGAAAAAGGGUUCCUGGACCCACACCAUGGCCUUUUUUUGGAAAUAUAUUUCAGAGUUUCACCAAAAAGAAAACUGUAGGUCAGAUUUUUCGAAAAAUUUAUAGUAAGUACGACCAAUGGCCGGUAGUAGGCGUGUACAGAACACAUGAUCCGGUUCUUUUGGUCAGAGAUCCGGAAUUUAUCAGCAGGAUAUUCGUAAAGGACUCGAAGUACUUCUACAAUAAUGAUUUCUGCGUGGAUCCCGAACUAGAUCCCUUACAAGGGGCCAGCCCUUUUGUUCAAAAGGACGAACAAUGGAAAGAAACAAGAACUAUGCUGUCUCCGGGCUUUACUAGUGGUAAAAUGAAAAGUCUUUUCUAUCUAAUCGAAACAGUGGACCGGAAAUUGUCAAAGUACAUCGACUCACAAAAAGGAAAAACGUUAGAGACACAAAAUCUUUGCAGGAGAUACACCCUGGAAAAUGUAGCUUUAUCAGCGUUUGGAAUAGACGGUCGAUGUUUCGAAAGUACACAAGAAUCCGAUUUCAUGAAACUGGCCAACGCAUUUAUAGCUCCUGGCACUUUUGCCUUGUCCAUGCUACAGAUGUUCCCUCUUAUCAGUAAUUUGAUAUCUUUAAAGGUAAUUCCCAGGCAAGUCGAAACUAGAUUAACUGAAAUAAUUACGGAUGUUUUACGGUACCGUAAGAACGGCAACAGCGAAGUUAAGGAUUACCUCCAGUUCAUAUCGGAGUUGGGUAAUAAGAGGAAGUUAAGCAAUGUGGAAAUUACAGCUCAUGCAGCUACGUUCUUUGAAGAUGGCUACGAAACUUCUGCACUAGUAAUGAGCUAUGUUUUGUUUAAUUUAGCUCAGAAUCCUGAAGCGCAAGUGAGGGUACGUGAGGAAAUUAAAGAAUUUGAGGAAAAGAGUGAAGCAAAUAGAGUUUCCUAUGAAGAUCUUCAAGAUAUGGUCUUCACAAACGCUUGUAUUUAUGAAUCAAUGAGACUACAUCCAGUUUUAGAACACUACACCAGAGUAUGCUCGAAGCCUUACGUGUACACCACUUCAAGGCAGACCGCAUCACAUUUGAGAAGUAUGGCUGUAAACAUCGAUCCAGGGACAGUCGGUAUAAUUCCUUUUGGAGGCCUUUGUCACGAUGAAAGAUAUUUCCCGAACCCAGAGAAAUAUAUGCCAGAGAGAUUUUUAGAAAAAGAAAAUAGCUUUAAACAAGUGUUUUAUCCUUUUGGUGGCGGACAUAGAGUUUGUUUAGGUCAACGGUUUGGUAUGAUGCAAGUCAGGAUGGGUAUAAUCCAAAUAAUUAAGAAUUACGAAGUAACUUUAAGUGAAAAAACCAAGUUGCCUUUUGAGUUUUUGCCUUGGACCAUUCUAAAUAAAGUCAGACACGGAAUAUGGCUGGACUACAAAAGAAUCAGCUGAUAUUACAGUGUAAUCGAAUAAAAAAACGGCGUCAAAUUGGCCUCGAAAUCUUGGCAAUCGAUGACGACUUUUCUAAGCCAACCCUGAGGCCGUUUUUUUUCAAUCAUAUCGUGAUAUUUUUAAUUAUAUUAUCCAAGGUAAGUAUAUAAAUUACUAGAUCUCUGUAUACUUUAUGUUAAAAAAUCGAUUUUUUGUUCAAUAAAAAUUAAUAAACCGAA